GUGCUGUGUUAGGACCCGCAGCCAACACACACUUAACAUUCGUUCGCAACAUGGCGUUGAAGCGCCGAGAGACACGACGGCUCUCCCCCGACUAAUGCAACCUUAUUGUUAGGAAAACCAGGGAGACUGUUAACCAAAGAACCCUAAACAUUCUCAGAGACUCCUUUACGCACCGGCGGAGACAAUAGCGGAUUCCAGCAUAUGAAUGUCGCUAUAACGGUAUAGCUGUUGUAUAGACUCAAGCUGCUACCCCACUGGUGGAAAUCAAAGGCUGUACAUGGCGGUGGAGAGUACAAUUUGGCUGUUCUGUCUUCUUUCGCUGUUUUGUGGUCCAUCCAAGCAAGAAAAGCUGGUUUCCGUGGAGCUGAGCUGCGGCGCUGGACCCAGCCAUGUAGUGUUGGAGCCAGGUUUGCCCCUCUUGCUGGACUGCAAUCUGGGGGCCAGUGAUACACCCUUCAAUGUCUCCUGGCUAAAGGAUGGACAGCCACUACUUCCAGAGGGGAAUGACUACCUUCAGUAUUUGGUUAAUGGAUCCGUUCUCCUGAUGCCAACGUCUAGAAAUGGCCAGUCUCCCCAUGGUGUGGCGGGGGCUUACAGCUGUGUGACUGGUAGCAGCCUUGGAGCGCUGAUGAGCCGGACUGUGAAUGUGCUCCUAGCAAGUCUGUCGAAGUUCCGUCUGGAGCCAUCUCCCCAAAAAGUGCCCACAGGAGGGGCUGCCCGCUUUGAAUGCCAAAUUGAAGGAGUACCAACCCCUGUUAUUACCUGGGAAAAAGAUGAAGUAGCGAUUCCUGAGGGAACAAGAUUCAUUUCCCUUCCUAACGGGGUGCUCCAGAUUCUGGAGGUGACCAAGGAUGAUGAGGGUGUCUACCGCUGUGUUGCAUCCAAUUCUGCCGGGAAGGACAUCAGUCAUGAAGCCAGACUCUCUGUCACUACAGGCUCCACCGAAGCCCUGAACAGAGUUGUGAUUGUGGCACCACCUCAGAAUGCUACAGUUGUGCUUGGACAUCCUGCCGUGAUGGAGUGUAUGGCUCAAGGCCAGCCGAAACCACUGGUGUCCUGGAGCAGACAAGACGGAAAGCCCAUGUCUACUGAUGUGGUCGUCCUUGCAACAAACCUGGUGAUUAGAGACACAAGGCGUCACCAUGCUGGUGUCUAUGUCUGCCGAGCCAACAAGCCCAGGACCAGAGAGUUUGUCAUUGCUGCUGCUGAGCUGCAAGUACCCGCCCCUCCAGUGAUUCUUCAGGGCCCAGAGACAGUGUCCCUCUCCCGGGGAAACACAGCCAGGUUUUUGUGUAAUUGCUCUGGAGAACCUCCUCCAGUGUUGCACUGGUUGAAGAAUGGCCAGCCUAUAAAGUCACUCAGACGAGUAAAGACCCAAAGCCCCGGAGUCCUACUAAUUAACCAGCUGGCUCUGGAAGAUGCAGGCUACUACCAGUGCAUAGCAGAGAAUUGGCUUGGCACAGCCUGUGCCACUGCCAGGCUGACGGUCAUUGUGAGGGAAGGUCUGCCCAGCCCUCCUCGCCACCUUUCUGCUGCACCAUACUCCAGCACAACUGCCCUGCUCAGCUGGGAGAAACCUGAGUACAACUCAGAUCAAAUCAUUGGCUACUCUGUGCACUGCCACAGUACUGCAGGCUCUGAUAAUGGGGAAUAUGAAUUUGCAAUGAACAAUGACACCACUGAAUAUCUCUUCAGAGAGCUUCUGCCCCAUACUACCUACACAUUCUUUGUGGUGGCUUAUUCUCCCAUGGGUGCUAGCAGCCCGUCUCUGCCUAUAACUGUAGAGAUGCUGGAGGAUGUGCCAAGUGCCCCUCCUCAGCUGUAUAUAGCUAGCACUUCCCGCACAGACGUCAAGGUGAAGUGGCAUCCGUUGUCCUCAGAGCAGAGUCGUGGAGUUGUUACCCACUAUCGCAUUGAGUACAGCAUUUUAGAUCAGCCGGACUCUGUGUUUUCUGUGGAGGUCGGGGGGAAUGAGACACAUUUUACACUGAGAGGGCUGCAACCCAGUCAGACCUACCUACUGAGAAUAGCUGCUGGAACUGCCAUUGGCUUUGGGGUUCCUUCCGAGUGGGUUCAGCACAAGACGCCUCCCAUUGAUAGCGAUGACAGCAUGGUGAUCUUUGCUCCUACUGAGCUGAAAGUUAGAGCCAGUGUGAACACACUCAAUGUCACAUGGCAGCCCUCACCCAAUCACACGUUGGUCUCCGGUUACAAGCUGUCCUGUCGAGAAGUCGAGGCUGAAGAGGCAGCCAAUGGGGAAAGGACAACACAAACACACACCAUCAGGCUCCGUAAGAAGGCUAGAUAUCAUCUUCUCACUGGGCUGGGCCCUGACCGACAGUUUGAGGUGAGGCUGUGGGCAUUCAAUAAACAGACAGAUGGAGCAGCUGCAGUGUGGAAGGGAAAGACAGAAAAGCCUCAUGCACCACCAACAACGCCUGGGCCACCACCUCCAAUGCCCCCGAGCAAUAUCCAAGCCACAGCCAACAGCUCUACUUCCAUCUGGCUGCGAUGGGAGAAACCGCGGUUCAACAACGUACGCAUCAUCAACUACACAGUGCGCUGCAGCCCAGCAGGAACCACCAACGCAUCCCUGGUUUCCUAUUACACCAGCUCUGCACAAGAGAUUUUGCUUGGGGCACUGAAACCCUUCACUCGCUAUGAGCUGGCAGUGCAGUCUAAUGGAGCGAAUGUUGUAGGACCCUUUAGCGGCACUGUGGAAGAGUCCACUCUCGUUGACCGGCCCUCCACAGCUCCCGAGGAGCUGCAGCUGACUAUGCUGGACUCCUCGUCGGUGCUGGUGAGCUGGCACCCUCCACUGGAGCCUAAUGGUAUCAUCAUCAGCUACUGGAUUUUGUACAGUGGCAACCUCAGUGAGCCGGAGCAUUUAUGGAAGAACGUCUCCCAGGAUGGGAGUAUUACCAGUGUAGAGGUCCAGGGAUUGGCCAGUGGUACUCGAUAUUUUUUUAAGGUGGGGGCAUCUACUGAGGUGGGGCCAGGACCUUACUCACCUAUAAAGGAAGUUCACACUCUUCAUCAAGGAUAUGAGCUGGACAUCCAUGCAGUGACAGGCAUUAUAGUGGGUGUGUGCCUAGGACUGAUAUGCAUCCUCCUCUGCAUGUGUUUCAGCUUUCGUAACAGCAAAUCCAGGGAGCUAUCUGGGGCUCUGGACUCCACAGCUGUGAUACCUCAGUAUAAGAGAGGAGGCUGCCCCAUUCCCUCCAACAUACCAGAGUGCAGCAACAGCUAUGAGUUGGAGACAUUGAUGCCGGCAGUUAGCCAAGAGUCUGGUCAGCCGCCAGCAGAGGCCCCAGAAGAGCAGAGUCUGAUGGCUGCCUGGAACGGCUCUGUAAGCCAUAACUGGGCCAACAGAAUCACAAGAUACAAAGACACCAUAAUAGAAGAUUCUCCAACACUCGUGAAUGGAGCUCUCAACAUGCUAAUCACUGAUAACGGCAUGGAAGAAGAUAAUCUGAGUACAUCCAUGUGCAGUAACCAGGUUGAGGCAGAAGUCAUUGUUCACUCUGAGCUUUUGGACACAGGGAGGGAGAAAGAAGAGGAGAGCUAUGAAAACUCGGAUUCUAACACCACCUUGGGACCCUCAUUAUCAGAGGAAAAGUAUUCCCCCUUGAGCCAGCCGAGUCCGCAAGAAGAAGAGGAACCUCUAGAAAAACUGUCACUGUCCCAAAGCUCCUCAAAUCUUCCCUCAGUAAAGCUGGUGGCUACUUGCAAUGGGGAGAUUGAAGAUACAGGACACCAGCUGACUGCAGACACAGCACCACAUCAGGAAAUGGGUCUAACUAAUGGCUUCCAUUCUCCUAAGAUUGUGCUGAGGUCAGAGCAUCUGGAAAAUGGGGACUCUAGACACUGUCCAUCUGCAGCAGGGAAAGCCAUGUCUCCUGGCCUGUCCCCUUCCCCCUUUGUCAGCACCGGACUUGUCCACUCUACCUCAGCAGCACACAGUUAUCUGUGCCCAUAGCCUCUGCAUGCAGAGCAUCAACCCCAUAUGGAUUUUCUUUUAUGUACCCAGGAAAAAAAACCCAAGGAUUAUUUUUAUGCACCUCAUUAUUAGAUUUCUUUCUCUUCCUUGCAAAGUUUUAUAGGUACUUUGAAUCCAUUGUUUCAUACUUGUGUAUAUAGAGUAAACAUAUACAGUAUAUUUUUAGUGGUAGAGUACUGUAUAUGGGUAUGCAUUCUCUAUCAUUGCAACCACAGUUUCCUCUGGGUCUUUCCUAUCCAUAGGAAGGGAAAAGAUUUAACUAAGCAGACGGACAUGAAUUGGAGGAGGCAUUUCUCACUCUGUCGUAAAUGGCUCUGUUCCACUCAGGAAUGAGAAAAGGCCAGGAAUUUUCCGUGAGUGAGUGCUUGGACAGGUUAUCAUCACUGAUGAAUGGAUUGGAAGCGCAGGGUCUCCCUGGGUUUGGUAGUGUGGAUGCUACUUCAGUGUGGCACUUAGGAAUAAGCCUUAAAGAGUAUCUUCACACUCUGCAAGUGCAGAACACCUGUGCCUCUCUCCAGCCACCUGCUGUCUCAGGGUCCACAGCCACACACACACACACACACACACACACACACACACACACACACACACACACAGCCACAUAAACACACAAUCACACAAACACACUGGAAGCUAAAAACCUCGCUAAUUCCUCUAUAUUUCAUAUAAAAUUCAAACAGUCAUGUGUAAACACACAUUUAGAUACAUUUCAUGACUGGAGUGUGGGGGUCUCAGGUGCCUAAUUAUUCUAGGUGCAUUUAUAACCUCUGUAUAUUUCUAAAUAUUACACUGAGUCCAAGUACAAAAAAUGUCAAUUGGAAACAUAUGAAGUAUACAGAUGUGGAACAUGUGAAGUAUUCUUUUCCAAAAUGCCAUAUAUCCCAGUGGUGUGAUUUUGUAAUCCAGGGACAAUUGAAAAGUAAAACAUGUUUUCUUUCGGUUUUUAUAUGUCAUUUAUGGAAAUAUAGUAUUUAGAUGUUUAUUUUGGUAUUGGUUUGUGUUGAUGGGAGUACUAGAGGAGGUGUUACAACUGUACAUCUGUAGACCACUCUCCUUUCUUUAGCUCCUAAAUAGGGAUGCACCAUUGUCCCUACUAUUGUCAAGAUACUGUGCCAUUGUGUCAAGAUACUUUUUUUUCCCUCUGUAAACUUAUUUUUAAUAUGAAAUACUUGCCAUAAUCCAAAGUAUAUAGUGUAUUUGACUUGAUUCUGUGUGACUCUAGCUUUAUAAAAAUGUCCACAACUCUUUGUAUUGAUUUUGACAGACCUCAACAAGAUCAGCUAGAAAAGAAGGAAGAAAUAUACAGUGCUUAACAAAUUUAUUAGACAGCCGAAUUUAUUGCUGAACCAGACUAACAGUACUGAUAAUUACCCAAAUCUUUUUUUCUGUAGUGGUCAGUAUGUGCAAUCUCUAAUCGAAAUCAUAUUUCUAAUGUUAAAUUAUAAAUAUUGUUGUUAGCGAUGAAUUUUCAAAUUUAGUAUUAUACAAAAAAAGUUGAAAAAUAGUAAAGCACAUUAUAAUUGUUUAAUUAGGAUGCCAAUUGUUUUGUGUUCAUGAAGGCUACAGUUAUCUAGCCUUCAUGAACACAAAAUAUAGUUUUAGUGGUUGGAUGUUACAAUAUACUUUAUAAUAUUUCUGAUUUCUCAGAGAUGUUCAGUGUGCUGGUCGACAUUUGGGUAUAAAAAUACAAACUCAGUUUGUUAUUUGCCUAAUAAAUAUAUAUUUAGUUUUCAACGUGUAUUUGACAGACUUUUAAAAUAUUUCUGUUUUCUUGUUUUUAUGACAGGUCAUCUAAUAAAUUUGUUCAGCACUAUAUGUGAUCCAUUUU